ACAAAUGUAGCCAAUACAUCUUUAUUAUUGUCUAUCUCAAUAAAUAGAGAUGUAAUGACGGAUGUCCUGAGAACUGCAGAUGUCCUCACCAGUAAUGAUGCAAUUGAUUCAUGGAGUACUUUGAACAAAAAUGAUAUUAAAAACAUCACGUCAUCAAGAAGCAACAACCCUGAUGCAAAAAGUUCCAGCUCAUCAUUUUUACAGUCUCUUGAGAUUAUAACAUCCCGUCUUACCAGUGACUCUUUCAACAUCAGCACACCUCUUAUUCUCUUGAACAAAACCACAUUCACAGAUACUUUUAGCAGUGACUUUAAUUCCUCGGUGGCGGUAGACAUACCAAAGUCUGAUGGAAGAAACAAGUCAAUAACUGUGAUAACAUUUGCCUCCAUGAACAACGUCCUUCCUCCAAGAGAUAAAGUCAAUUCAUCAGUUAAUGUUAUCAAUGGAAAGGUUGCACUUAUCCAGUCCAAUGGUACAAAAAACAUUUCUAUAACAUUUGAUACUCUAAAUGACACUCUGGGGAAUCCGCAGUGUGUUUUUUGGAACUUCAGCCUCUACGAUGGUCUGGGAGGAUGGGACACUGAGGGCUGCUUCUUGGUGUUCAAUGUAAACGAAACUGUCAGCUGUAACUGCAACCAUCUCACCUCGUUCUCUAUCCUAAUGUCACCCAACAUCCGCAAUGACCCUGCCUUGGACUACAUAACCUACAUUGGAGUUGGCAUAUCCAUGGGUUCCUUGGUGAUAUGUCUCAUCAUAGAAGGUGUCAUAUGGAAAAAAAUAAGAAUGAACACUACGUCUUACUUGCGCCACGUUUCCAUUGUGAACAUCGCCGUUUCUCUCCUGAUUGCAGACAUUUGGUUUAUUAUUGGAGCGGCUAUUUCUGAUCAGAACAACACAUCAGCAUGCUCUGCAGCAGUUUUUUUUAUCCACUUUUUCUACCUUGCUAUGUUCUUCUGGAUGCUAGCCUCAGCUCUGCUGUUGCUCUACCGCACCAUCAGUGUCUUUGAUGGAGGCUUAUCUAAGAUGUCAAUGCUGGCUAUUGGAUUUUCUCUGGGAUAUGGUGCACCUCUCAUCAUUGCAGUCAUAACAGUAGCUGUAACAGCACCUAAAGAUACAUAUAUCCGAGAAAAUGCAAUCUUCUGGCUUAACUGGGACGAGUCCAAAGCUCUGCUGGCAUUUGUGAUCCCUGCACUGUUGAUAGUGGUGAUAAACCUCAUAAUCCUGUUUGUGGUAAUAUACAAGAUGUUAAGGAGGAGGGUGUCCACGACUGCUUCACAAGCAGGUGAGAAGCAUGUUCUGCUGGUAAUUGUCAGAAGUUUGGCUGUGCUCACCCCAAUUUUUGGACUAACUUGGGGUCUGGGAGUUGGAACCAUGCUCAACCCAGAUAAUGACGAAAUCCAUAUUGCAUUUGCAUUUUUCAAUUCACUGCAGGGUUUCUUCAUUUUGGUGUUUGGAACACUGUUGGACAAAAAGGUGCGAUCUGAAAUAGCAGCAAUGUCACAAUCUUCCCAGAGCGGGACGAGGAGCACCAAUGCUGGAAAAUAAUUCAGUAAACUGGGAUUCUUAUGGCUAUGGAGAUGAGGAAAAGAUUCUUCAGGUGGCUACAAUGUGUCAUCAAAUUUAUCCAGCGACUCAUUCAACAACACCUAAUAAUACACUGCUCAGUUUAAAAAGACAAAUCAGACUUUUUGUUCUUAACAGCUUCAUAAUACAUUGGUCUGAACUUUUAUAUACCAUCCAAAACAAGAUUUAAUUAGAUCUUUCUGGAUUUGGUUUGUCAAUAAUGAAGGAAGCAAUAAUCACGUCUUCUUGUAAAACUAUUACAACUUUAUAAAAUAUUUAAUAUUGUAGUCCUAACUGCUUUUUUUUUUCUUUAGUAUUUUUCAUGAGAUUUACUUCCUCAUAUCUUUUUUAAGUUUUCAUCUUUUGCAAGAGUUAAGUGAUUUUUGUAUAUUAUUAGACUAGAUUUUAAUACUCUGGUCAGACUUUUGCUGAUUCUAAAUCUAAGGGCUCAUUCACACCAACAUUUUUUAUUUGAAUUCUAGUCUGUUUGCUCAGAUAGUUUGCUUCAUUUGGGGUAUUGUGAAGGUGCAAAUGAACUCUGAUUUGGAUCUUAAAGGUGGACUCGGUCUGCCUAUGAAUGUGGUUCUCAGUCAGUAAAAUGUCUGAUUUGUU